AUGGAUUUGUAUUCUACAGUGAAUGCUUUAUAUGAUUUGAGGGCAUGUCUGUCUGGAGAAGAUACAUCUGUUUGGGUUGCAUGUACACCGAUCAUCAUGUCCACCACAUUGGAGAUGUACCAUAAUGAUUGUGUGAAACUGCGAUUCGACAAUGCUUCAAAACAUCCCAGAUCCCUACAGAUCUUAGACAAUGGCAUCUACAAAGAGUUAACGACCAGUGAAACUUUGUCCCUUGGUAGGACUUCACUAGAUCUUUGUGUCGUAAUGGAAGCACCGUCGUGA